AUGAAGAUGGGUGGUAGCAUUCUGAUCUUGGUUGUCCUCUCACUAUUGUCCAUUUUAAAUCUUAUGUCGGUUUCAGCCUCAUCACUAGGCGGCAAUCCUUCAUUGUUACAUUCUCUAAAAGUACCAAGCUUGUCGGACGCUGAGCGCCUUGAGGACGAACUUUCAUACUCUUUGUAUCAUAAAAGUUGUGGUCAAGCCGAAGGUAUCAUUUACAAGAAAGUACAGGAAUGGGUUAAAAAGGACCCGACUCUUGCUCCUAGUCUCAUAAGGCUACAUUUCCAUGAUUGUUCCGUUAGGGGAUGUGAUGCGUCCAUACUUUUAGACCACAGUGGAAGUGAAAGGAGUGCCAAUGUAAGCAAGUCAUUAAGAGGGUUUGAAUUGAUCAAUGCAAUCAAGGCAGAGCUUGAGAAGAAAUGCCCUAAAACCGUCUCUUGUGCUGAUAUUUUAGCAACUGUGGCUAGAGAUGCCACUGUAUUAGCCGGAGGACCUUUUUGGAUGAUCCCUUUUGGAAGAAAAGACGGCCGCGUUUCUCUAGCAAAGGAAGCUUCAAGCGUCCCCAUGGGCCGUGAAAGCAUUACCCAUCUUAUUGAGUUCUUCCAGUCUAAGGGAUUGAAUGUUCUCGACUUGGUAGUCCUUUCAGGCGCGCAUACGAUAGGAAGGAGUACAUGUGAGUCGGUACAGCAUAGGCUAUACGAUUACAAAGGAACAAAGAAACCUGACCCAUCUAUCGAUCCACAAUACUUGAACUACUUAAGAAGAAAAUGUCGAUGGGCUACUGAAAAUGUCUAUCUUGAUGCUACCACCCCAAAUACGUUCGACGUGCAAUACUAUCAUAAUCUCAAAAAGAAGAUGGGACUCUUGUCGACGGACCAAUUGCUCUACUCGGAUUCAAGAACCAAACCAAUCACGGAGGCUUUAACUUUCCAAUCUUCUCUCUUUUCCAACCAAUUCUCUGUCUCAAUGGUGAAGCUUGCAAAUAUCCUUGAUGCUAAAUCACAAGAUAAUGGUGAAAUCCGCACACAUUGCAAUCGUGUCAAUUAUUAA